AUGGGAUCUGUGGAUAAUCUAACGGCAUGGCUCCUUCUGCUAAUUUUUCAAUCUCAUUUUCACUUAAACUACAUACUCUUAAAGACCUCUACCUCGAGAAUUAACGCCCUUGAUCUUGACGCCCGUUUCAAGCUCUUGCUGUUCUAUGCAAUCAAAGAUAGUAGCACACAAACUGAAAGCUUGAAGGAUUGGGCGCAAUGGCCUGGAUUUUCGCUUCUGAGAAGGGAGUUCACAGUUGAGCCUCAAGCUAGAGGGUGUUUACCCAUGAAGCUGGAGCUGAUGACUUUACAUAUACUCACAUUGAUGCAUAUUACUGAAGAAGCACUGCAUCACUGA